UUGAGUGAGUAGUUAUCUGGUAUAAGUCGAACACGCGACCAGAUAACAUAUUAUGAAACAAAUAAAAUCAAUCUUUUAAAGUAUUUGUUUUUAACGAAACAAAGUUCUUUAAAAUGGACUUUCAAUGCUCCAGCAUAAACAGAUCAAUUUGUGUAUGACUUUUACAAAGUCGUAAUAAAAUUACUGCACACAAACUGCAGCCAGCAUCUUGAUUUUGAAGUGAAAGAAGUAGAAAAAAUUAUUAAUACUCUAAAGUUAAAUAAACCGUUGGUGAAAAUAUUAACAACAUUUAUAAUUUCGGUUGACAUAGACAUCAUAGAAGAUAAAUAUUCCACCAAAUCACGACAAUCCUGAAGUGGAAGAGGUGGGUAAAGUACUUCUGGUAGUUCCAGAUGUAAAACAUCUAAAUAUUGGAGAACUUAGAUCGCAUUUGUAGGAAAUUUCUUUAUCAAAAUCCUUCAAAUCUAGACCAUACACAAGCUGCUACUGUUACAAUAAGUCCAUGCAGAUCAUAUCGGAUGUUAGAGGAUCUUGCUGAAUUAAAACCUGGGAAUGUCAUUGUGCAUAAUGGAAUAAAACUCUGCUGUUGGUCAGUAUGUUACCGAGAUGAUAAAAACAAUGGAAUUAAGAACAAUGAAUGUGAUCAGAAGCAGGUGAGAGAUUGAAGGUUGGUAGUUGAAGAAACAUAUAUACGCUAAGUAGUAUUGGUGAUCAAACUGAGCUACAAAUAUUGAAACAUCUUCAAAAUGAAUGUUCAACACUCACCAAUAUCAAUCUCAUACAUUCCUAUUGUAUGAUUUUCAGUAGAUAAGCAGCAUUUCCAAAAUAUUUAAUAGCAAAGAACGUGUUUUAACGUAUUCAAUGAGAUCAUUAUCACGAUGACCAAAAACGACUUAUCAGUUCCUUUUGGGAAAUACCCCUUGAUUCUAGAAAAGACAAUAAGACCCUACAAAUUUUGAAUAGGACUAUUUUGCAGUACCUAGUAAAUUUUUUGUUGGAACACAUUCUGAAAUGCAAUACUGUUUCGCUAUCACAUCACAGAUAGCAGUCUAAACAGGUUACUUAAUGUUUGUAUUCACCGUUUCCACAUCAUUGCUGUAAGUUAACAUUGACUCAUUCUGAUCGAAAUGGCGCAUCAUACGAAUACUUUGCUUGUACUUAAUAUCGGAAGCGAAAUGGUUUUUGUUGUUGCCCAGCGACUUGCGGCCCAAAACAUUCCAAUGGAUAAAUCAGCCAUCGUUCUGAAUGAGAUAAUUUCAAUGCUCGUUUCUUCGGAAUUAAUUGCAGACUUGAUGAAAACCGCACACGAAAUACUUUCACCAAAAUCAAUUCGUUCGAUCAUUGAAAGAAUAAGUCAGUCGUCGAUCAUGAGAAUGGACGACGUAAGUAAGCAGAAACUUUGGGACCUGAUAACAAUGGUGUACAAAUGGCAAGUAAAUUAUUCAUCAGACAUCAUUAAACUAACGCAUCGACACCUUUACGAAAUAGAAACGUUUGUAACACACCCAGAAACCCACAAACAACUCCACGAAGUGCAGAAACUCAUAGAAGAUUUUGAACGACUUUUAGAUCCCAAUUAUAAAAAUUAUUUGAGGAGGAGUAUUGAGAAUUGGUUGAAACCUUGUAGCGUUAGAGUUUCAUUACUUCUGAGAUUGGGUUUACAAAACUUUGAUACUACUUUCGUCACCAAAACUCAAAAUGAAAAGGCAAUACGAAUGUUUGAAAACCUAGGGGAGAGUAUUUAUUCCAUUGAUGAAAAGGGGACAUCAGGAACUUAUGACGAAACAGAAAUAUCUGAACUGAAUAACAAUGAUUCGGGACAAUUGCAAAUGUUUGUGGAUCAGAUAUUAAACUAUGAUGAUCAAAGCAGUAUCCAGCAAAGAAAAAGUUCAUUGAGACUCAAAAUAAACGAUGUUCCAGGGAAAACUCCUUAUGCCAACACUAGAACAUUUGAAAAUAUCAACGUGCAAAUUGAAAGAAACAAAAAUAUAGAUUUUGUGAAUUCAGAAACACAGGAAAGCAGUUCGGAUGAGAAGAGUUUUACUGAAGAACUCCUCAAAAUUAUAGAAGAAGGAGAUGAGAACCAUGAUCAAUAAACCAUUACUUGACGAUUUCCUUCAGCAAAUCGAAAAUGUCAUUCAAAAACAGCAAUUCAGAAUCUAUAAAUAGUCGAAUACAAAUGCAAAUGAAGAACUUUUAUAGAGAAUGAGAUAUUAAUUGCACUGACAUCUCACACAUGAAAGGAUUAUGUGAAUGAAUUGCCUGUUUAUU